AUUCUGCAGUCACAUAUUUAACUUUUAUUUUAGCUUUGUUUUGUCGCCAACUAUAUAGCCUCUACCUCUCUCUUAUCUCUGUUGUUCGACUGUCAAGAUCUGCAAUGGCCUUAAUAAACGAACCCUCCUCUUCUGUUGCUCCUCUCGAUGAGACUAAGCCAUGGAAGAUCAAAGUGCAGCUCAUGAGGAUAUGGAAGGAGGGAUUGAGUAAAAGAGCCGCAAACUCGAUCGAUAUGGUUUUACUCGAAUCAUCGGAAUCAAGAAUUCACACAACAAAAGAUAAAGCUUUCUCUGAAUGGAUUAAGGAUAUUAAUGAUGAAAAGAUCAAUGAUGGAGAUGAUCACGCUGAUAUUGAUAUCCCUGAAAAUGCGUCGCCAAUUGAGUGCCAUGAUCCUAUCGAAGAAAUAGUGAGCCAAGUUUAUGGAGACUCUUUUCCUAAACAGUCCUCCUAUUGCCGCGACACAGUUAUUUUGUGUCAUACUCAAUCUGACGUGGAUCAGAUUAAUGCCUAUAUGCUUUCACAAUUACCAGGUAAAGAGAUAUUAUCUCACUGCGAUGACUGUCUUGUUCCGGUGGAUGAGGAUACCCCAAGCCCAGUCGAUUACAUGUUAAUAAUUUCAAUUGCAACAUCACAACGUAGUCCUCGUCCCCAGGAACUCCUGAUCGAAAAGAUGCACAUGUUCUCUGAGAAAGAUUUUUUUACCCCAAUGCGGCGUACCCAGUAUCCUUUCACACUUGCAUUCGCCAUGACUAUAGAUCAGAGUCGAGGCCAAACAUUUUCCAAAGUUGGUCUAUAUCUACCAAAACAAGUACUGUCACCUCCUGGACAAAGGUAUCUUGCCAUAUCCAAAGUUAAGGCCGCAACUGGUUUGACCCAAGUUCUUAUCACAGAAGAAGGUGAGAAACCCCACGUAGAAGCCCAAAAUGUUGUCUUGAAGAAGUUGUUUUAGUCUACAGGUCUUGUUUCAGAC